ACCGCAACUUCUCAUCGCAAACGCAAAGUUCGAUUCUUUUCUUUUGAUCCGUCGAGGCCUUCUGUUGCCAUGCUCGACGCUUUCACUAUCUUGACUCGUGGAGGAGUUGUCCUCUGGUCUGCUCCGAAAACUUCGAAUGGACCUCCUCCGCCGAACACGGUGCUCAACUCCCUUAUCUCGUCGGUUUUUAUUGAGGAACGUGCAUCUACCACAUCGUACGCGCAGGGAAACUACACCGUGCGCUGGUCCGUCGCGAACGACUUGGGCCUGAUCUUCGUGGUCGUGUAUCAGAGUUUGUUACAAUUGACCUGGGCCGAGGAGCUGUUGGAGAGCGUGAAGAAAGUCUUCAUCCGCAUGUACGGAGAGGAAAUUAAGGAGGGAAAGGGACAGGUUCCGCAGAAUAUCGACGUCAAAUUCGAGGACUUUUUCUCGAGGAGGGUGAAAGAGCUGGAAGCGGACGCUGGCGCAACACCGAGAUCGCCGCCACCGCUUACUGGAUCACCAUUUGGGCCGAGACCCACAAAACCUAUUGACACGGUUUCCACGCCUGUUGGAAAGGAUGCGGGUGCACCACCCACUCCUGGGACGCCUUCCGUUCCGUUCAUGACACCCGACGCCAUGAAAGCCCGUGGUCUCCGCCCCGCCGUCAAGGGCCGUCGUUCCUCUGGCCGUGCCUCCCCUGCCGGCUCCGAAUCCGACACUGGGUCCUCCAAGAAGGGCAAGAAAGGAAGGAGAUGGGGUAUGGACGGUGCAGCCGAGGAGGACGAUGGGCAGACUCUCGAUUUCUCCGCUCCUGGAGGAGAGGGAGCGAAUGGAGCGGGUGAGGGUGGUGAUGUGGAUGUGGAGGGGUUGGCGGAUACGACAGAUUAUGGAGGUAAGCUUACGAGUGGGGAGUUCAUGGUCAAGGAGCUCGGUGAGGAUGAUGAGGAUGGUGUAAGCACGAAAGCGAAGGGUGCGUUGGGUGGUGCGUUCGGCUAUCUCCAGGGCUUCAUUGGUGGAAAGACAUUGACGAGUGAGGAUCUUGCGCCGGCGUUGGCGAGUAUGCAGGAGCAUCUGUUGAAGAAGAAUGUUGCAAAGCCGGUCGCUACGCAUCUCGUUGACUCUGUUGAGAAGAGUUUGGUUAAUACCACGACAAAGUCGUUUGAGUCGAUUCAGGCUGCUGUUAAUGGGGCUACGGAACAGGCUUUGAAGAGGAUCUUAACGCCGGGUGUUGGAUUGGAUUUGUUGAGGGAGAUUAGUAGGGUGAAUAAGGAGAAGAGGCCGUAUACGAUCUCGUUUAUUGGUGUGAACGGUGUCGGAAAGUCGACGAAUUUGUCAAAGGUCGCGUUUUGGUUGUUGCAGAACAAGCUGAGGAUUUUGGUGGCUGCGUGUGAUACCUUCCGUUCCGGUGCCGUCGAACAACUUCGCGUCCACGUCAAGAACUUGACGAAGCUAUCGGAGAGAUCGGGUGGUGCAGUCGAGCUCUUCGAACGUGGGUAUGGAAAGGACGCUGCAGCGAUCGCGAAAGAUGCCAUCUCGUACGCCGCUCAAAACAACUUCGACGUAGUCCUCAUCGACACCGCCGGUCGCCGGCACAACGACGCCCGCCUCAUGUCCUCCCUUGAGAAAUUCGCACAACUCGCUCGCCCGGACAAGAUCUUUAUGGUUGGCGAGGCACUGGUCGGUACUGACUCUGUUGCCCAAGCACGGAACUUCUCGGAUGCCCUGGGUGCAGGGAGGAAGUUGGACGGGUUUGUGAUUUCGAAGGUUGAUACGGUUGGGGAUAUGGUUGGGACGUUGGUUAGUAUGGUUUAUUCGACUGGAGUGCCGGUUGUGUUCGUGGGGGUGGGACAGAUGUAUACGGAUUUGAGGGUAUUGAGUGUUGGGUGGGCUGUGAAGAUGUUGAUGGACAAAUAAGGGAAUGAUGUGGAUGGUGUACGAUAGGAGUGAGGAGAUUCGGAAUGUUCUGUGCCAAGGAUAUUGCCAACUUUGAAUUGUGAAGU